GUGAAUGUCAGAUUACGCAGUCUCUAAACGAGUGAUUUGGCUUAGAUACGUGAUCAUAUAAUUCAUUAAAACGGUUUGCAUGUUAACAGCUUAAAAAAUCGUAAUUUGUUUUUUACUUUUUUUGGAUUCCGUUUUAUGAAAGACUUGUAGAAAAUAUAUUAGUUUGUUAGUCAUAUCAUCUGGUAUCGCUUGUAUAUACUUUUUGUUAGUGUUUGGAUUCCAAAACCCUAUCUGGAGAACUAAAUUGCAACACCGAAAUAUAAUUUCACUCGACCAAAACAAUGGGACUUCGCAUGAUAGCACAGACCAUUAUGUUUCUGAGUCUGUUUUCUGUAGCCGAGAAUAAGUUUAUUCCAGGCAAGUCCAAGGUCGUUGAAGGAGAUAUUUACUUUAACCAGGCCGAAAAAAGACCAUUGGGUGAUUCCACCAAGGCCCAAACAAGAUCAUUUGUCGCUUCCACCACUCCUGUUUCUGUACGAUGGACAAGACCAAACAUCCCAUAUGUGAUCCACGACUCCAUUCUGAAUGACAAAACGGCCUUUGAUGCUGUAAAUAAUGGCAUGAAAAUGAUUCAAGAUAUGACAAAGAACUGUGUGCGCUUUUUGAAACGGUCGACGGAAAAAAACUUUAUCAAUGUCACAAACAUAGGAGGCGGCUGCUACAGUGGCGUGGGGCAAAUUGGCGGGGAGCAGACGGUAAACGUCGGGCCCGGAUGUGGCACACCUGGUAUCGUGAUGCACGAGCUGUUACACGUGCUAGGUUUUUGGCACGAGCAGAGUCGCAGUGACCGCGAUACAUACGUCCAGAUUCACUUCGAGAACAUUAUCCUUGGAAAAGCAGUCGAAUUCGACAAGCGCAGUGGGCAAGAUGAACUGGAGAAGAACAUCUCCUACGACUUCUAUUCACUCCUCCAUUACAAGUACAACACGUUUGCCAAGCUGGACUCCCUUGACACAAUCACGCCCACCAAGGCGUUCGGUCACGUGCCCAAGACGGCCCUCGGGCAGCGAGAGCAGCUUAGCGCCACGGACGUCCGGAAGGUCCUCUGGAUGUACCAGUGCACGGCGGAAUGCAAGUCCCCGCAGCUGACGAAUGGUACAACAAGUCCUACAACUGACCGGUAUAUGGCCUGGAGCGAGGUGACGUACACGUGCACGACCGGCUUCCAGCUGGUGGGACCCAGCCGACGCACGUGCGUACCACAGAGCGACGGAAGCUCCGGAUGGUCAGGAAUGGAACCUUUCUGCGCAUCGCCUGCCAACGCGUACUAUACGCAGUAUUGUGACAUGGAGACGGACUGCUUCAAACUCCAGUACGGCGUGUACUCGACCGGUGCGGCCACGUUGAGGGUGCAGUACGGUCCCACAACGACCGAGGGCACUGGGCCCGACUUUGACAAUACCUACCGCUCCGAUACAGCCGGGUACUUAGUGAUGGAAGCCAAAGGCGCUAAUGUUGGAGAUACCGCCAGCCUUAUAUCGAGAAGACGGAUUCAGGAAUAUAACGGUGACAGGAUUUGCAUAAUGUUCUACUUUAACAUGUUUGGAACCGAUAUGGGGUCAUUGACGGUCAAUGCUAACGGGGUGAAGGUAUUCGAGCAGCUAGGAAGCACGGACAACAAUAGCUGGAGGAUGGUGUGCCGCCAGGUGAAUCCACCAUGGCACUGGUCUCCUUGGUGGGCCUACUACGUAUCGUUGCGUAUGGACGCAAAGCGUGGUGCCGGCGUUCAGGGCGACAUUGCCGUGGAUGAUGUCUAUGUGGGGCCCUGCAAGAGUAUUCCUGGUUACAGUGGCGUCAUGUGCCCAACCAAAUAACAACGCCACCAAUUUGGUGUAAUAUGAAAUGACGCAGUUCUUGUUAAUAAACAUCUCUGAAAUUCCCAUGCAUCGAUUUAGUGAUGCAGGUCUUCUCGCUGUUUCCUUUUUGUUAACUUUUACGCUCUCGAAUAGUUCAUAUAGUUUAUAGAAGUUAUUUUAGAUAUUAAAAAUCUUAGAGAUGUAAAUAAUUAUAUGGAAGUUAUUUCUGAGUUGAUGAAGUUUUGUUUCAACAGCUUCUCUACUUUUUAGCUAGAAGACAUCGUUUUUUCUGCACUUGAGAAAGUAUAAGUUCGUUAAAGAAUAGUUAAUUAUGUGUGUGUGCAAAUGCUAUGGAAGUCGCUUUCAGAUUCAUACAUUUAUUUAGUUUAUUUGACGUUUUUAUAUUAAAAUAAAUGUUUAUUGGUUUGUUUAAUAAAGCGAGGAACAUUAUAUAGUGUGUGCAUUUAUUUCAUAGAAUAAUGUGGUAUAUCUAUUGCAUCUUGUAACAUUUUAAACUUUGGAAAUUAUAUAAUUUUCAUCACUGUAUAACACUGUAUUUUAUUAGCCUUCACUUUUAUUGAGUAAAUCUCUGCUGCAUUUGUGUAAAGAUCUCUUGCAUGAUGUAUUGUGUUUGUUCUAUCUGAUUUUUAUACCUAUAUUUGCAUUUAUUCAUUUUGUUUUCAAUAAAUUUGAUUGCUUA